AACGGGAAAGAAGAGGAAGUCGGUCGGUGCGUCGUCUGCCGUGAAUCGGCAAUAGUGCGACAUCUCUGGGCUCUGUCGUCAACUAGAACUGUCAAUACUACCACAUAACUCCUGCGAAAUGGACCUAAAGAAACUCGCUGGUCAAGCUGGGCAGUUCCUGACCCGAGCCGUACAGUAUACAGAAGAAAAACUUGGGAAUGCAGAGAAGACAGAGUUAGAUGGCCAUUUUGAAUCUCUGUCCUUGCAAGCAGAAUCUGCCAGAACAUGGACCGAAAAAUUAGUGACAGGAGCAGAGUCUGUUCUGAUCCCCAACCCAGGUAACAGAGUGGAAGACAUGCUAUUUGAAAAAAUAGAAAAACGCCGUCCAAAUCGUCUUAGCAAUCUAGAGUAUUUAGGGUUGGACAUGGUUCAAGCUGGAAAUGAUUUUGGGCCUGGAACUGCUUAUGGCUCAGCAUUACUUAAAGUUGGUGGAGCUGAACAGAGACUUGGAUUGGUUGAAAGAGAAUAUGUCAGCAAUGCUUUCACUGGCUAUGUUCAACCCAUGAGAAAGUUCCUUGAAACAGAAAUGAAGACAAUUACUAGAGAAAAACGGUUACUGGAAACCAAAAGGUUGGACCUUGAUGCAUGUAAAAGUCGGUUGAGAAAAGCACGCUCACAAGAGGGUCAAACAGCACAAAAGGAUGCUGUGGAUCCCAAAGUUUUGGUAGCACAGCUUCAGUCAGAGCAGGAACUGAUCGAAGCUGAGGCUGAUUUAAGGAAGGCACAAGCAGAUUAUGACAGACAAGCAGAAAUUACAAAGUUGCUGCUUGAAGGUGUUCGGUCGUCUCAAGCUGCCCAUCUUCGACACUUAAAUGAACUUGUUGAAGCUCAGGUGCAAUUUUAUGAUCAGUCCUACAAAAUCAUGACUGAAUUGCAAAAGGAAAUGGCAAGUCUUGCCUUGAGUCCAGAUGCAACUGUCAGCCUUACUAGUGCCCCUCUUUCAAACAACUCUGUCCCAAGUACAGCACAAAAGGGAACCUCUGCAGUUGAUAAUUCAUCCACUGCCAGUGAGAACAGUUCAGAGGAUUUGACUGGAGCUGGUACAUGGAGAAGAGCCAAGGUUGUAUGUGACUAUGAUGCAACAAGCAAAGAGGAAAUGAGCCUGAUGAUGAAUGAGGUCGUUAUGUACCAAGAGCAUGAGGGAGGUAUGGCAGACUUCGUUAUUGCCAAGCGUGGAACACAGAGUGGUCGUGUUCCAAGUGCUUAUCUUGAAGCAAUGGAUGACUGAGAUUUAACUACAGUCGACCUUUUGUAAUCACAGUGUCAUGAAUGAGCAUGAUUGCAGAUGGAAUACAUCACCUGCACUGAAAUAAUUCAUCAUUCCACAUGUGAUUAUUCAAGUUUGACUUCUGACCCAUUGAAUUUUGCUAUUGUUAUAUUGUACUUCUUGUUAACAGACAGAUUUUAUAACUGUUGCCAUUUAUUCAUAUAUAAUAAGAAUGAAUGUUAUCACUUUCCACUGUCAUGAACAUGUCUUGUCUCUGUGUUUAAAGUACAGAAAAUAGCUUUAAUGUACUAUAGUACUGGGUUUAUUCUAAAGACCAGUGGUGCUUUUUUUUUCUUAUUUUAUAAAGUUAAUAUGCCCAUUUUUACUGAAUAUAGUACCUACACUUAAACUCCUAUACAGUAAUGAAUUAGUUACUUAAAAAAAUAGUUAUGAGAGGUAUACUACGUAUAGUUAACAUGGUGAUUGCAUUUAUAAGUAGAUGCAAGAAAAAUGCAUACUACAUACUUUCCUCCUCCUUUGAUAAUUCUGACCAUUUAUAAAUUCUUUUGACUCUAGUAUAAAGUGAUUAAGGGAUUUUGAGGUUUUAUAGCUCGGAAAAAAAUAUAUACGUAUACAUAUCCUAGGUUUGAAUAAUUGAUUCUUCUUUUUGCACUGUCGACAUAUGAAAAUGUCUGAGACUUUGUUACUGACCUUAAAGUUUCUAUUAAUUAUUUUGUAUUUUAAUGUGACACCAGUAUUGAAGGCAAGUUACUAAUUUGACAUGUUUGAGAAUGCUGUUUAUUUGUUAUUUUGGUGUGAUCUAUGCAUCAUGUCAACAUGCCUAAAAUGUGGAGGAAAAAUGUCGUAAAUAUUUCAUAUGCCAUAUAUACAUAGAUAAUACCCGUUGUGAAUAUUUGGAAGUUCCUCAACUUUUUAAAGGUUAUCUUGAUCCUCUGUAUUAUACAUAAUUUUGUAGACAAAUUGUUUACAGCAGAAAACUUCCACAAAUAGGCAGUCCAUUUUAAAAUGAAUAGUUAAAACAAAUGUAGUUUAGGGUCUUGUAAAAUGUUUUGGAAAUAUUUCCUUCUAUAACUAGCAUGAAAGUAUAACUAUUUGAGAUGAAUCAUUUAUUAGCUGUGUGAGAGCGAACACAGUUAAGUUAGUAUGUAGUCUGGUUAAACUGUGUACUGUAAUACUAAUACCAAUGAGAAUGGUAGUGAUGAUAUCAGUAAUAAUAAACUCAGACCUGUAUAAAGAGUUAAUGAUUGCAUUUUGGACUGAAAUACGUAAUAACCAUAAGUUGAGAUCACUGGCUUCGGUGUUAUGUAAAAAUAAAAUAAAAAAUUAAGUUGAACUUCAUAAUGUGACCAUUAUGGUUCUGGAAUGCAUGAUGUCUGUCAGAAAACCACAAAUUGUGAAGCUAGGAAAUGAGGAGAUUAGUACCAUAAAAAUGAUUCUGUGAUCAAAUGAAUUGGUAAUAAUUUGAAGAUGUGUUGUAUAUUUACUUUCAUUAUUAUUUCACAUAGACUAUCCAUUCUUUAUUCAUAUUCCUGUCAUUUGUUAUAAAUUGUAAAUUCUAAGUAGUAUAUACAUACAGUACAUGAAAAAAUAAUUGACAAUGGACUAUUUGCCCUUCAUGCAUUUCCUAACAUGAUUAAAAUAUAAAUUUAAGUUAUACUGACUCUGAGCAGAAUGACAAGAUUAGUUGGCUACACUUGUCUUUGAUCUCUCUUCAGCUGCAUCAAAAACUGUAUGUGAAUUGAAGAUUACCUUGGGGGGAGGAAUUGGUCUGUUUCAUCUGAAUUCUUAAUAAAUUUUUGAAAUGCAGUAACUUCUCACUUUGAAUUACUGUUCUUUUCAGAUCAUGUAAACACUUUAGAUGGGCAGGUUAAUAUUUUCUAGCUGACAGACAAGAAAAGAUACUAACUAGAUUAAAGUAAAUACUGUAGUCUUGAUAGGGGAGACCACAUUCACAAAAUUACUUAAACAACUUAUAAUUUUAAAAAUUCAGAAAUUCCUAUUUGUAAAGCAUAAAUGACUUGAUUGUUUUAUAUGAACAUGGUGUUACGGCAGUAGAUAAUUUUUUUAAAUAAAUAAUUUAAACAAUAAAAAGACAUAUAAAUACAUAUACAUUCUUGUAUAGGACUUACAAAAUUAAAUAUUUUGCUUUAUGGCAAAGAUUAGGCAUUUACAUGAAUUUAAGACCUUUCAGAAUUAUGGAAAGGGAAUAAUUAAUCUGAUUCAUGGAUGUAGAAAUGAAAUGUCAGUUUCCAGACUCUUGACAGGGCUUGCUAGAAGAAUUUUUUCUUCAAUGAAUAUAAAAAAAAAUUUUACAAUGGACAGAGGUGACAAUGUAGGUGGAGAGCUAACAGGGAAGAAAGUAAGGGAACAACAUAGAAAAAGGCAGUGAGCAAUGUAACUGGGCCCAAAAGCAAAUUAUACCUUGAAUCUGUAGUAUUGUGUAAUGUCUCUAAAAGCACAUUGCAGGCUGUAUCUCCUUGAGAGUUGAUUUAUACAGUCUCUUUUCAAAAUUCAUUGGUCUUCAGAAUGGCAAUAAUUAUUUUUUACUUUUAAGUGAAUAGAGUAUGGAUUAUUAGCUUAAAACUAUAAUGAAAAAUAUAUUUUUGCAGGACUGAAACAUAACUGUAAUUACCUCUAUUUAAAACUAAUUUUUAUAAUUGUGGGUGUUUAUUUUGUUUAUCAGUUGAAAGGAAAGCAAGCAUACAACUCUCUGCAACUUCCUUGGCAUGUUGAGAAUUUAAUUGAUUGGCUCUAUCUGAUUCUUUAAUAAUUAAACACUGAUUUGAGAUCAUUUGCAAUGCUAUGCCAAGUAGUUAAGCCAAUGAUAGUCUGGAAAUGUCGAAGGGCUUUAGGUAGUAUUUUCGUAUGAGAAGCUUAGUUUUAGCAUUUGGGUACUAAAUAUAUUUUGGGCAACAUUAUUUAAGGGUGACCUAAGAGCUGGAUUUUCACUUACUUUUAAGAUAUACACCUGACUACAACUUAUAAACAUUCAGUGUGGAAUUCAACAAAAUUUAAUUUUGGACAAUGAGUAUUUGUAACAGAUAAAGAAUAGUACGCCAGUAUGUUAGGAAUAAAUGUAUAAAGUAUUUAAACCAGAAGAUGGAUGGAUGGGUGUAUGAUAUUUAGGGCUAAAGCCCAGGUGCUGGGGCCAAGAAGGCCAUUCAGUGCUGUAAUGAAGGUUAAAUAAAUUGAAUUAUGGUAAAUGAAUUAAUGAAUAAUGAAAGAAAUGAUUAAUAAAAUUAGAUGUGUCUUAUAAAUAAAAUAAAAAUAUUAAGUUUAAUGAAUGGUGUUAUAUAUUAAAAAAAAACAGAAGAUGGACCCCCUCUGUUUUUUAUAGCAUUUGUCAUUUAUAAAAUAUGCUUUUGUUGUAAAUAUAUGAUAUUCAUAGCAAUGUACUUCAAAUUUUUCAUUUAUGUGGAUAAUUAUCAUCUUUAUGAUAUAAUACCUGCAGUGCCUCAACCUACUAGUUUAAGGUACAGUAAUCUUUAUUGGAGAAAGUUACUGUUACAUUAUAUAAGAAAUGUUGAGGUUAUUAUUUUAACUAUUUAGUUUAAAUUUAUAAUGAAAUUUGGAGAACUAGAGAUUAUACCACCGGGGAUUUUGUAUAUACUGUAAUUCAGUCAUUACAGAUUUCAACUUCCGUAUUAUAUUUAUUUGUAAAGUACUGUAACAUGGUAGUUCUUUAACGUCUGUACAAGUUUUGUAGAUUUUGAAGAGUAGUCUGCGCUUUUAUUUGUUUUAAUAAAAAUUGUUGUGUGAAUGCAUGAAUUAAACCGUUUUGAUGGUUAUUAUACUUUUUUGUAUUUGUGGAAUGUAGAAAUCUUAGUGCAUUAGCUUUCAUAUUUUAAUUUAGGUUCAUUAUGUUUUAUAUACAGUUGUUUAUAAGAUUAAUGCAAUCAUGUAACUGUGGUAUUUGAUGCUGAAUUAGUUAGUUAAUUUUCGUAAUGUAAAAUUAAGUGGCAUCAAAUGGAGCUUUUAAAAACUUGAGAAAAAUUUAUGCAUAAUUGUCAGUCGUAAAGACAACCAUGACUUUUGGUGAUGCCCUUUAUAUAUAUUACCAGUAGUAAUUAUUCAUGUAAGAAAUGUUACUGAACAAUGCCAAAGUUUCCCUCUCUCUGAUUAAAUCUAGUGUGUACAGGUAGUCACUCUAGUCAGCUAUUCUUUCAGCUCUUCCCCUCAUCACACAAAGGCACUUCAGCCCUAUUGACCAAUAAUCAUUAAGGAUACUGUAACCAAUAUUCAUGUUCCUUUAAUGAUGUUACUAUACCUUCAGUAAAGGUCACUACAUAUUAUUGUACACUGUUAAAGGUAACAUGUUAUGCAUCAGAAACUUUGUUGUGGUAGGACUACAAGCAUGAAGUACAAUACUGUAUAUAAUUUUAAGGGAACUUAUUAUAAGUUAUCGAGUGCUCCUGUUAUAUUUACUAAAUGUCCAUCAUCAUUUUAAUAAUUUAAGAACUUGAUUUUCCGGGUUUGGUAUUACCUGUCUUGCAGUAUAACAAAAUAUUUCAGUACCUUCCAGAUAGCAGUAAAUUACUCAUAUUGUUGUUGAAUUCAGAGCUUUGCGUUAUUAAGUAAGGAUAGGUCGAGGUGUUUAGUGAGGAAUAGAAUGUAAUUUGGAAAUAUAAAGUUAAUAUACAAUUGUCACUCAAAAUUCUUGGUGCCACAUGAAGACACACACACAACAGACAAAAUGUUUAUUAACUAUACAGCAUUACCAUCAUUAAACUAUUAUAUGAGUGGGGGUGAAGCAUCAGGAUAUUCAUCCUCAUCAUUAGGAUGUGUUUGGCAGAGGAGGAUUGGCUGUUAUCAGAGUCUCUGGAGUGCCAGGGGUGUAAGAGCUCGAGGAAUGGAAGGAGAAGCUUGAGAUUCAGUGUUUUUCCAUCUUUUCUGUUUAAUUUUUCUGCCUGUUCAUUUCUUUAAACAUUGAUUUAUAUUGUGGAGCUGCUUUUUCUACCACUUCCUGCACAAUAAUAUAAAUUAAAGUACUGUACUGUAUUUUAGGCAGUGGUGACAUAUCAGCUUUACCAUGUUUACAUUUUUUCAGCUGCAGGGUGUGUUCUUUCCCACUUUAUAAGCUUGUAAGUUUGGGACUUUAGAUUUUUUAUAUAUUAUAAUGGAUAUGUAUAUUUUUUAUAUAGAGUAAUGUGUAUUAUAUGUAUUUAUGGCUUACUAAACCUUUUGGUUGUCUUUGCAUUUCUGGCAUAUGCAAGUCUUUUGUGGGUUUAUGCAAUUGUCUCCAAAACUUCUAAAUAUAUUCCAUUUAAUUAUUGAUGAAAAAUCUGGGAAGUUCAAAUUGGUGGUGUAACUGAACUAUUUAGAUAUAGAUCUAUUAUAUCAUUAAUUUAGCAAGCAUUCUUGAUAACUUGGAAUUUAACAGGAAUAUGUAGUGUCUUUUUACGUAGGUGUACUUUGGUUACUUUGCAAGUCUACAGUAUUUAGCUGUAAAUAUCGAAGACUUAACUUUUCACUUGAAUGACACAAUGGUUAGACUCAAAUACAGUACUUUCAGGUAAUGUAAGCAUCUAUAGCAGGGAGGAAGACUAAGAAAUAAAUAAAGGAAUGGAUUGGAAUUGGAGUAUGAAAAAUGUAGGCCAUAGGCCAGGUGCUAGGACAUAUGAGAACAUUUAAGAGUGGAAAGGGAUAUUGAGAGUAAAGGAUGGUUUAAAGAUGUAAUAGGAGGAAAACCUCACAGUUACACUAUGAAACAAUUGUUAGGAGACAAGACAAUGGAAAAUAAGGUGAAACAAUUGUUAGGAGACAAGACUGGAAAAUAAAGUGGAAGGAAGAGAAAAUGAAUAGAGUCAGAGUAAAAGGAAUGAAGGGGUUGCAGCUAGGGGCUGAAGGGAUGCUGCACAGAACCUUAAGUAUGAGGUGCACGAUAGCACUAGUAACACACAUGAAAAUGCAAAGCUGUGAAAAGAAUGUACGUUAUCAUGAAUCCAGGCAGACCGUCACUUAGGACUAGCUAGUAGUUUUAGUGUUUUCUGAAGGUUAAUCCUCCCCUGCUACGUUCAGCCAUAACUGCUUGCUAACUUUCAACAAUAAUAAAACAAGUAGAAGCAAAGUAAAAUCAGGAGUAGUGCACAACAAAUACAAUGUAUAACAUGUGUACAUUACUAUUUAUGAUGCUACUUUUAAAUCAUGGUGGACACGUAUCACCCAUAUAUAGGUAUAAUGUUGUAGUUGGGAAUGCAGAAAAAGAUUAAACAAAAACUCAAAGGAACCUGAAAUACAUAUUUAAUACUUAAAAGGUCCAUUCAUUGUAUUGUUCAUGUGUGGUUGUGAGAUGUGACAUUUGAUUCUUAAUAUAUAUUGGAUUUUAUUUUUCUAAAUACUACAGUAUGGUGUUCUCUUUUGGUUACAUUAACAUUAAAUACCUUCUUGUUAUUCCUAUGGUUAUAUUAUCUUCAAUUAAAUAUCCUCUGUCCUAAAUUUACAAAUUUGGCUUGUAAAUUUUAGAACUGUAUGCAUAAAGUACUACAGUACUUCUUGUUUGCACUACUACUUAGUCAUAUUUUGUCAUUUCCCUUGUGGUUAGGUUUAUUAUAGUUUGUAUGGUAUGUGUCAAAGUCAACCAUAUCAAUUUAUGUCUGCCUAAUCCUGGAGUAAACAGCUACUUUGGCGCACCAAAAGAACAGCUAUUCAUCUCCUGUCAUUCCCAGUCAAGCAAGCAACACCUUAUUGUUUUUCCUCCCUGAAUUUAUUUUUUUUGCUCUUAUUUCUCAGUAAUUCUUUCUUGUAUCAUCUAUUUCUCUUCCAAUUUUUAUAGGUGUUAAUGGUUGGUACAUAAUUCUUUCAUGUUCAUUACAUAUUAGUACAUGUAUGUAUUUUCCUUUGCUGGCUCUGAGUCCCAUUUUACUAGUGUUAAGUUUUUGUUAAGACGAACACUAAUAACAUGGCAACACUAUUAAUAUCUCAAACAUUGAAAUCACAUAUUUGAAUGAAAGAUCGAGCUUCACGUUAAAUACGUACUUAAACUUUUUAAAACUGUAAAAGUGCAUUAACCAUAGCUUUAAACUUUGUCUGGCACCAAAAGGUAUAUAGAUAUGUUCCACACCAAAAGGGAUAUUAAUUAUGUUCCACACCAACAAGGAUUUAAAUUUUCUGUAAUGCACCAAAAGGGAUAUUUAUUUUAUGUAAUGCAACAAAAGGAUAUAAAAUUUCUGUAAUGCACCAAAAGGAAUAUAAAUUUCAUGUAACACACCAGAAGGGAUAUAAAUUUUAUGUAACGCACCUAAAGGGAUAUGAAUUUUAUGUUCUGCACCAAAAAAAAAAAAAAAAUUAUGUUCUUCACCAAAAGAGAUACAUAGAUUUUAUGUCCUGCACCAAAAGAGAUAUAUAAAUUUUAUGUCCUGCACCAAAAGGGACAGUAUAAAUGUUCUGUUGUGCACCUAAAGAGAUAUGUAAGUUCUAUGUUCUGCGCCAAAAGGGGUAUUUAAAUAAAAAUGGAACUAAUUCACCAAAUUACACCGUGUUCUUUGAACCUUCAUCACAGACUCCAAGUAGGUGUUGUAUGAUUUGGUAGAUAGUUUCAUUUAUAUUUAAUUUUAAUAAUACCCCUUCUGGUUUGAGGUAUAAAAUCAUAUCCCUUUUGGUGUAGGGUAUAAAAUUUACAUACUUUUUGGUGCAUAACACAAUUUUAUGCCCAAUUUGUUACAGAAAAUUUAUAUCCAUUUUGGUAUUGGGUAUAAAGUUUGAGGCUACAUAUAGUAGUUAAUGCCCUUUAUUACUGUUUCAGAAAGUUUAAGCAUUUGUGACAUUCGAUAAAUUUCCCUCAUGUUCGUGCGCAAUUUCAAUGUUUUGAAUGUCAGGUUAUGCCCUUCCACCAGUAUCUUUAGAUUUGAAAAUGGGGUUAUGAAUAGAUUUAAUAAUUUCAAGUGUUUUUAUUUUUGGACAUAUUACCUGUAUUAUCAGUUUGGCAUUGGCCUUUUCUUCUAGCAUAAAUACUAUACUAUUAUCAUUGUUAACAUUCCGAUUGUAUUAUAUACACAUUACCGUAAUAUCUUCGUGUGAUCUUGAUAUGCUGCACCAAUAGUAAUAAUUGAUGUACAGUGAUGCUCAGAACUCAUGCUACAUGACUGCAUAGGAUUUCGUUCAAAACUCACCAACUGGCAACCUAGCAUGCUCCAUAUUUAUCUCUUAUGUUAAUGCAAAAACACUAUUAUUGCAUACAAUAAGGCCAUAAUGUUUCAUAAGAGCAAAAUCUGUCAUAUAUUUCAAAACUGUAAGAAAAUGUCACAUAGCCAAAUUUUAGAAAAACCCUAAUGAAACAUUUUCGAAACUCGUUCAGUCAUCGCUGAUGCAUUUGACCAAAACGAAGUUGUCAUCAAACCUUAGUUCAAUUGCUAAAUAAAAAAAAAAGAAAAAAAAAAUUUAUAACAAUAAUGUUUCCAAAGCAAGCAUAAAAUUUGAAAUAGUCCUAUUUGAAUGUUUUGAUACCUCAAUGCUGAAAAAAAUUAAAUAUGUACAUUCAAAAGUAGAAUGCGCCCACUGAUAGCAACAUGUGAGGGGAGUGUGUGUGACGCAUUCAUUAGUGUGUCGGUGCAACAACAACAACCACCUGGUGUAACAUAGGUCUACAAUGAGUAGCGACAAUUAAAUUAUUUUGAAAACAAAUAUUUUAUAUUUGUUAGAGGAAUAUUUGGAUUUUCAGACAAAAUUAUUUUUAUAUUUCUUAAAUAAUUAAAAAAUGAUGGCACACUAGAAAAUAUUUGCCUAUGCAAUUAUUUUUUUGUCAAAGCCAAGAUUUUGUUCCUAGGCCUAGGUGUGUUGGAUUUCUUUACUUUACACUUAACAUUAACAUCUCUAUAUUAACAAUUUCUAGCCAGAAAGCAAAUGAGAUUAUUGACACAGUCUUCCACUUCAAUUUACCUAAUGAAAGAAUAAAUUAUACACCAAAAACGAGCAGGACAAAUUUUAAGAAAAUAAUUUUUUAAACCCGUUGAAAAACGAGUGUUCCAUACACCUUGAUAUUAAUUCAUAUGAUCAUUCGAUUAAUAGCCAUCUUUUCCAUAUAUGUAAUCAAAAUCAUCAUCAUCUUUUAUUCCUUAAAGAAUAGGUAAUCUCUAAAAAUAAUUAAUUAUAACAGAUUACUUCUAAGAAGGCUUAGAUUAUUUUUUAGGCUUAUAAAUCAUUUUGCAACACCCAGGCAGCUUGAACACAGCCUAAAACUUCAACAUUCAAAGCAAACUUGUUGUAAUUCAUAUGCCUAUUUUGAGAAUGUUAUGAUGACUGUUAAGCUUAAAGGUCUACUGUUAUAAUGCUGCAGAUAGUUAUGUUGACCAGCCCGAGGAGCAUGUUGAAUGCGCUGUCAUUGAUGGCACUGCCAACCUUAUCAUGCUGUACUUUGAACUAUAAGCAAUUUUUUAAAAAAUCCAGUUCAAAUCACACAGAUUAUGAAUUAUACCAAUGCAUAAAAGGGAUCAUAUCUAUAUAACCAUAAAGAAAAUAGUGCUAGCUGUGAAUUCGCACUUUUCGACAUGUACGACAUUAGAAAUGAAAACAAAAAGUUUUAACACUAUUUGACAACAUCACGUUGAGUCCAAGAAUCUGGACGAUACAAAAAGAAUCAUGUUGCAUGAGAUUUGAGCACAACUGUACAUACCUUAAUAUCUUCAUGUGAUCUUGAUAUGCUGCAUCAAUAAUAGUAAAAGUGUUAUUGUCUUAUUCCUAAAAUCCUGUUGAAUAAUACUGAGAUUAAUCACUUGCUAUAUAAGAAUUAAAAUAUUAGAAAAGUUUAUGUGAUAUGUUUGCGCCACCUUGGUUUUCUAAUAUAUUCUCGGAAGUAGGCCUUGUCAAGGUCUUCCAUUGCAGGGCUAAUGUUGUUGAGGCAACUAAAGAGUGAAUUGGAGGGGUUUGGAAAAGCUUACCUUUGCUGCUUCUCUAAAACUAAUGGAGCAGAGCUUGUUACCUCUUGGAAGAUUUAACAGGUAAUGUAAUUCCUCCACCUCUGAUGGAGUGUUGGAGUUUCUUCUUUUGUCUUGAUUUCAUACCAUUUUGGGUUGUGGCAUCAAGUGCCGACACCCCUGCUAAUAGAAGAUGGUAGCCUUGACAUCGCAGGUCACAUGCUAGGCCACCUGGCUGUUUUCGCUCUAAGAAAUUAAUAGGCUCUGAUCUGAAUCAACCAUGAAAUCGUUAUCAGUAUAGGGAAGUUAGCAUUUAGACCCAUAUAAUUUAAGAAAAAUAUUCAGGGAUAUGCUAUAAUAUGCUGCUUAAUUGUCAUUUAAAUUUUUUUAUAAUUUUUUUUUUACAUGCUAUUGUAUAAAUUUGUAUUUUUCUUAAAAUAUAUGGAUCUCAAUGCUAAUUUUCCUCUAUUAAUGAUUUUCUGGAAGUUUCAAAUUCAGCCCCAUUAAUUUCCUUCAGAGCAAAAACAGACAAGAGGCCCAGGGAGUGGUGGUGAUUGCAUCACACUAAGGUGCUCUAUGUCAACAUCUCUAUAGACACCAACUCCCACUUAUCUAGUUUAGGGCCAUUUGAAAGCUUUCCUAUUUCUGUGCUUUCUAUCUAUACAUGGCUGCUUGAUUGAAAGAACGUUCUCUUGCUGCUUCAUCCAAGCUUGACUUUUAUUUCAUCUGCGAGUGUGGGGAUCAUAGCCUGUGAGGAGGGGUUAUCAGUGUUCUUCUAUUUGCUCAUUGGCAUCAUGUUCUGUGGUGAGGGGCUUUUCAUUGUCAUCAGGCAGAAAGGAAAUUUUCAAUCACACUUUCCCUCUCUUAUUUGCAUAGUGUCCACCACCUCAUUAUGUACUACUUGUAUUGUCUGUAUGUGAAGUAGCAUUGCACACCAUGCUUCUAGACACACUGGUUCAUACUUUUCAAGCCUGUAAGUGAUGUGGUGUGAUGUGGUAAUCCCUUUUUCACAGGUUGCAGAUACCCGUCUCUCUUGUAAGUUGUAAGGCCCUGUCCACACUGGCGGGCACUGACCAAUGGACACACGCACUGUUCCCAUAACCUGUUCUACUAUAAUGACCGACCGAGUAUGGACCUAGAACGAUGCGAUUGUCUGGUAACACUGCCUCAGAAGCAAGAGAAAAUAUAAACGGCUGGAAGUGCCUGACUUGCAUGCCCGCUAGUGUGAACAGGCAGUAUGCAUAUACAAUACCCUUUCUCUUGUUAAUAUGCACACUACUAUACCAAUCAGUCUUGCUUUGACAGUACGAGUUGUCACGCUCGUGUAUUUCUCCUGUAAUAGAUGAGGCACAGCAUUGAGCAUUGACGCUUAUUGUAGCGUACUUAGUAAGUGGCAUGCAGUGUACCCAGCACUGCCAUUCAUUGCUGAACCCAAUGCACUGCCCUGCAGUAGGUUACACAUGCUGUAAACCAGCAAUACACACUUGUAUCUUUGGCAAAAAGCAGUAUGUAGUGUUCCAGGGCUCAUAGUUGAUGACAUAAUUCCACGUUUUCCUUCUUUACCUGUAGUAAGUGAUGUGGUACUAUAUGUACAGAAAGAUGGUGUGCUGUACAUUAUGGUAAAUAUGGUGUGACCCCAGCAUCAAGGCUUCACUUGCCUCAUGUAUAUUGGUUUACUGCUCAAUAUCACUACUGUCCUGGGAUUAUUGACAGUUACUCUUCACUAGCCUGUGUACAGUAACACCUGUCGCAUCCACUUUUUAUUUGUGGCCAGUGGUAUAGGGUUCAUCGUCAUGGUUCCCAUGGAUCUUCCUUUGAGAAUAUUGGUGCUCUACACUGGCCAUUCUUUGGCUGUUUAUUUUCCUGGCCACAACAGGACACUUAACUUGUUUCAUACAUGAGGUGACAAUGUUGUUGUAAGUUGCCUUUUUCACUUCCCAUCUCUCCAAGUGAAUGUUACUAUAGUUUUCACGUUAGGCCAUAAUCUGUGGGUAAUGCACUCUGCUUUUCAUAACUGCUGAAAGUUUUAGGCUCCAGUCAUUUUUACAUGCUCUCUUAGAGAAGUGCCUUUGUCUUUUGGCAUGCAUGACUAAUCUUUUGGCACUUUGGUUCUAGCAGCCGUUGCCUAAUCUGAAGGAAUAUUUCAGCUGUAUUAUGAGAUUUACAAUUGUCUAUUGAAUUCCAUUACAAAAAAAUGCCUAACCUUAAAAUCUGGUAGUGGGACGUCUCAGGAUGAUGUUUUAUUAAUUACUGUUGCUAUAAAGUAUUACCAAUUUUCCUACUUUUAGGCACCAAGUAUGAAUUUUGUUUGAAAUUGACAACAAUUUUCUGGUGCAUGUUUUAUUGCAAAGUAUAUUUUACUUUUGGCCACCAAAAGAACAAGAGUAUUACUAAAAUGCAAACGUUCAGCUCGUCUUAACGCAGAUCCUCCUGGUAGUUUUUAUGAAAAAGAUUGAAUCACUUGUGAAUUUGACGUCUUAGCAUGACACUGGCAUGUUAGCUGCCAAGUGCUUUGAUCCUUCUUUGGAUCUUGAUUGCAAGAGAUGAUGAUGUUGGGAAUUUUAUGUAAAGAUUUUUAACUUGAUACUGUUCUUCAGUUCUCGAGUUUCAUAACCGAAGAUUUGAUAAGAUUUCAGUGAUCCCUGCUGGAUACUCACAUAUACUAACCCAAGGCAUGCCCAGCACACCUCCCUAGAAUCAAGGAGAUAAUUGAAUCUUAUCAUAUUAUCUGUGCUCUUGAGCAGCUAGGAAAAACUUCAACAUCAGUGAAUACCAGAAAGUUUCCACUCGUGGUGUAGAGACUGCAGUGAUGCAAUUUUUGGCAUGUCCACAAACAAAGCUCACAGGAUAAGAGCUCUCAUCUGCUAAAACCAAAGAGAGCUACCAAGACCAAUGUAUAAAACUUAGUUCCAAGGCUAGCUCUAAGGCUGACAAAAUAAUCUACAGUGUACAUAGCUAAGAAAACCUUUCCAAGAGUGUGUUGCACAUCUUAAAAUUUUUGGUUUUGAUAUGUGCACAAGCUGACAGACAAAAGCAUAGCCAGUUCCUAGCAAAGGCCACUUACUUGAAAAAGUUUAAAUUUCCAUACUCUAAACAUGAGGCCUUCUAACCACAAUAGUUGUGCAGGCAGAUUUAAAUUAUUGGGUUUGGUAACAUAAAAAAAAUUAUUUUCUACAGCAUAACAAUUUACACAAUGUCUACAUCUCAACACCACUCUUUAACUACCACUAAUGCCACCAGAGGUCCUACCCAGAGAGGUACCUGUCAAGGAAAAGAAUUGUUCUUUUGUUGUGUAUCUGAGUAGCUGUUUACUAAGGAUUAGAUGUAAUAUGAUGUUUUUGAAUUUAGAUAGUAUUUUGUUAAUCAUAUAUUAGGUUUAAGUUAGUAAGUAUUCAAAUUAUCAGUUGAAGCAGUUUUGCUUCAACCUAAAGAUUCUAGAAAUUUUACCAUUAAAUUUGUUGGAAUAUGGUGCAUUCAUGUAGAAAUUACAAUUAAAAAUUUUUUGUUAUGUACUUAUAGUGAGCAAAUAUGUUGUGCAGGAGUGAACUAGAAAGAGUGAAGUACUGUAGAAUUUUUCUUUUCUUGUGGCUACACAAAAUCGAGUUAUUUUUAUAAGAAAACCUACACCAUUCCUUGUAGCAUAAAAUGAAAAUUACUUUAACUCUUCCCAGAUCCAUUCACUCUUCUUCAAGCUGUAGAUGUUCUCUCAUCAAUUUACAACAUUUGCCAAGAAGUCUUCAAACUUUUCAAAGCUUGCAUACUUUUAGAAGCUGUCUUUCCUCUUAAUAAAGUGCAGAUUUG